AGUGCAUGAGAUUCCGUUAUUCUCGUUACAAUGUCAGAAAAAUAGUAAAGCUGAAACAACAUUUGCGUUAAACACUUCCUACGAAUAAAACAAAAUCUAAUUUCUUUAUUUCUUGAAUAUCAAGUGACCCAAAUUUCAACUUUUUUCUAUAUAUUUCAUAAAACUUUCAAAUUUUUUGUUCUAAUAUCUCUCCCUUCAACAUUUUCAUGGUAAUUCUUGAUCUGAGUAUGUGCUGAAACUCUGAAUUUUUUGUUGGAAUUUAUCAAAAAUUUCAUUUUCCUUUGGAAUAUUGAUAAAGGUAUGUACUGAAAAUCGUUUUGAUGAUAGGAAUUUGAAAAUUUUGGUGAUCUUGAAGUAGAAUUCCUUGUAAAAAAAAAAAUAAAAAAAAAAAGGAAUUUUUAUUUUCAUUGUGAAAAUUGAUCAAGGUAUGUGCUAAAACUUGAUAUUUCAAAGCACCCCUUUUACUCCACUGUGAAAAAGAUUGACGAUUUAUGUUUAAAUUUGAAUCUUUUGCAUAAUCUCAAAAUGGAAUUUUCAUUUUUAUGGCUAAUCUUGAUCUGGGUAUAUGCUUAAUCUUGUUCAAUUGCUGGGAAAGAUUGAUUGUGUUCUUUGAUUUUCUGAUAAUCUUGAAUUGGUUUUUCUUGUGCAAUAUUGGAGAUUAGGAAUUUUCUUUUGAGAAAUUGACAUAAAUAGCCGUUCAUCAAAUUAAUAGCCAGCAAUAGUUUUUUUUUUUUUUUUUUUUUUUUGUAUAAUAUACAUAAAUAUACAUUUUUGAUACAUAAUAGUGUAUAUUUGGUUAGCGAAUGUAAUUAUUCUUGGCAGACCGGCCAAAUGUGUUACUUGCCCUUUUCUUUUUCAUACUUUGAUGUAGGUAAUUUUUUUGAACUUGCAGUUUCUAAAGGGCUCCUUUUUUGCUGAACUGCUGGAAAGAUAAGGAGCUGUUUGAAUUUUGAUGAUAUUGGAAAUUGGAUUUAGGUAGAGAAAAAUGGGGGUGGAUUAUUAUAACGUGUUGAACGUUGGGAAGACCGCGACAGAUGAUGAUCUAAAGAAGGCUUAUAGAAAAUUGGCAAUGAAAUGGCAUCCUGAUAAGAACCCCAACAACAAGAAGGAAGCUGAGGCUCAAUUCAAGCAAAUAUCUGAGGCUUAUGAAAUUUUGAGUGAUCCUCAGAAAAGGCAAGUCUAUGAUCAGUAUGGUGAAGAAGGUCUACAAGACACGUCACCUGGAUCUAACGGUAAUCCUCGAAAUGCUGAGGACAUUUUUGCAGAAUUUUUCGGGAGUAGCCCAUUCGGAUUUGGGGCUGGAGUAAAGUCCACAAGAUUCUCAUCAGAAGGAAGUGGUUUAUUUGGAGGAUUUGGUGGGGGUGAGAAUAUUUUUAGAACAGCUAGUGAUGGAACUGGUGCUACUAUGCCCAAAAAACCGCCACCAGUGGAGAGUAAAUUGCCUUGCAGCCUUGAGGAGCUUUAUUCUGGAUCGACGAGGAAAAUGAAGAUCUCUAGAACUGUGGUUGAUGCGAAUGGGAGGUUAGUGACAGAAUCAGAGAUUUUAACCAUUGAUGUAAAACCUGGCUGGAAGAAAGGGACAAAGAUAACAUUCCCAGACAAAGGGAAUGAGCAGUUGAACCAGCUUCCAGCAGACCUCGUGUUUGUAAUCGACGAGAAGCCCCACGACGUUUACAAGAGAGACGGGAAUGACCUUAUUAGGAACCAUAAAGUAACAUUAGCAGAGGCAUUGGGAGGAACAACUGUCAACCUGACAACAUUAGAUGGUCGCAAGUUGACGAUUCCAGUGAAUGAAAUUGUCAGGCCUGGUUACGAGCUAGUGCUUGCAAAAGAAGGCAUGCCGAUCACAAAGGAACCUGGCAACAGGGGUGAUUUAAAGAUCAAGUUUGAUGUUAAAUUCCCUACAAGAUUGACAACAGACCAAAGAGCUGCCCUCAAGCGCGCUUUGGGGGGCUAAUUCAAACGUAUCAUGUGACUAUCGAGGAGCUAGCUAUUGAUUUCAGAAUCCCAGCUGGUGUUCUGCAGAAUCACAUUAGAAAUAUAGAGUAUUAUUGUGGAUGCAUUCAUUUGUAAAAAGAAAGAAAAAAGUUCUCCUUCAACAGUUUGUUCUAUUUGCAAAAGGGUAUAGCACUUCUUUUUUUAAAGAUUCUUUUAAUUGAUUUAGAUGAAAGCAAAGGGGUUAUGUCAAUUAUAAGUCUGUAAAUUGAUAUUUCUCAUUAGUGCGGAUUGAAUUAAUAGAAUGUCAGAUAUUGACACUUUUGAGUUUA